GACGUCUGCUGACGUGGAGGACGGAAGUGAACCUCCCCGACUUCCGGGUUAGACGUUCUGGAAGAGAGUUCAGGGGUGAUGGCCCAGGACCCCGCGCCGGUUCUCCGGGUCUCGGAGAUGAAGGACCCCCUGGUUCUGUUCGAGCGCUACAACACCGAGGAGAUCCGGCGGGUGGAGCGCAGGGUCCGCGGGGACAUCGAGCAGAAGAAAGAGGAGCUGCGGCAGAUGGUCGGGGAGCGCUACCGGGACCUGAUCGACGCCGCGGACACCAUCGGGGAGAUGAGGCAGUGCUCGGAGCGGGUGGUCCGGUCCAUCCAGGACAUGCAGCGGUACUGCCAGCUGCUGAAGCAGAGCAGACCCAGCGCGGGGGCGGCCGCUGCAGAGAGCCAGCGGGGGUUCCAGGAUCAGUUCUACUCCAUGGCCGCUCAGAUCAAGCUCCUGCUGGACAUCCCAGAGCGCAUCUGGAGCGCCAUGGAGGCGGCCCAGUACCUGCAGGCCACGCAGCUGUACCUGCUGUGCUGCCACCUGCACGGCCUGCUGCGGCUCGACUCCACAUCGGCGGGCCGCUUCAGCCCGGUUCUGGCCCGCUUCCCCAUCCUGGUGCGGCAGGUCGCUACGACUGGACACUUCAGGUCCACCAUCCUGUUGGACAGCAAGUCUCUGCUGCGGGGCCGGGCCGUGUCGGACCAGGCCAUCGCCGAGGCCCUGGUGUCCACCAUGCUGCUGGAGGACAGCUCCCCUCGCCAGGCUCUGGCUGACUUCCUGUUGGCCCGGAAGUCCUCCAUCCACCAGCUGCUGAACCAGCCACAGCACGGUGCAGGGAUCAAGGCCCAAGUGUGCAGCCUGGUGGAGCUGUUCGUCACCACCCUGUUCCAGGCCUACGCCGUCUUCUACCUGCCCCCAGAGGGAGCGCCCCGGCCAGGGGAAGCAGCCCUGAGCUGUGGCAUGCUCUUCACCAUCCUGGAGAAGGUCACGUCCUGCAGCUCUGCAGCUAAAAGCAGCAAGGUGCUGCAGGAGGAGGCAAGUACGGGCAGCUGGUUCCGGUGUCUGCCCUCUUCUGUCACCGAGUUUCAGCCCACCCUUCGGACCCUGGCCCAGCCCAUCCAGAGAGAGCAGCUGCAGGACACUCUGCAGCAGUGGAUCGACACUGUUCGGGAGGACAUCUGCCGAGGGGUCAGCAGCCUGCUGGUUUACGUGAAGAGCCUGAAGGGGCUGGCGGCCAUCAGAGACGCCGUGUGGGACCUCCUGUCCUCAGACUCCAUCCGUCAGCACUGGAGCACUGUGUGCCAGCGGCUGCUGGAGCGCCCCCUGGCUGUGUGGGAGGACUUCCUGCAGCAGCUCUUCCUUCAGCGCCUGCAGACCAUUACCAAAGACGAGACCGAAGCCAUUGCAGCCAGCUCUGUCCAGCUGCUCUCUUCAGCACUGCAAGACCUGCAGAGCCAGACCGCCCAGUCUUCCUCCCGCCCCAGCACCGACCGCCAGGCGCAGUAUGAGGUGGACGUGGCGUCCUUCCUGUGGUCGGAGACGGCUGGAGACCUGCUGAGCGAUGCAGGUUGGGUCACCGUGGCUCAGAGAGGGCCGCAGCACCAGCGGAGCGGCCUGGCCAUGAAGACGCAGGCCCUCACGCCCUGUGUCCAGAACUUCUGUUCCUCGCUGGAGGCGAAGCUGAAGACCAGGCUGGAUGACCUUCAGUGCUACCUGCCCCCCCAGGACUCAGGCUCCGCCCUCCCCUCGGCGUUCUCCGAUGCCGCCUCAUUUAGCCGCCUCACAGACACGCCGGCCGUAGAGGCGGCUUUACGGGGCGGCUGCACGGCCUGCGUGCACCAGCUGCUGACCUCCAUGCGCUCCGAGCUGGCGGCGGCCUCGCCGGACUCCGCUGCCGCUCGCCUCAGCUCUGUGCUGUUCAUGGCUCGGCUGUGCCAGUCGGUCAGCGAGCUCUGCCCCAACCUGAAGCUCUGCAUUUUGGGAAAACACGGGGACUCUGAGCUCAGUGCCAGGGGGAUCCCCAGACAGAGCAAGAAGCUGGGCAAACUCAAGACUGCUGUUGAGGUCAGCCCUGCUCAGGCGGAGUGGGCGGGGCUUAAGGAGGAGCUUCUGGGAUGCAGCAUGGAGGCUUAUCGCAUCUGGAGCUCCGCCCUGGCUCAGGUGCUGCUGAAGGAGUUCGCCAGAGUCCUUCAUGCUGAGUCAGCUGGCACUGUCCUCGCCACGGCAACAAACUGGGAGGAGCUGGAGAUCCAGGAAGAGACGGAGUCCGGGAACAGCGUCACGUCCAAAAUCCGCCUUCCAGUCCAGCCGUCGUGGUAUGUGCAGUCGCUGCUCUUCCAGCUGUGUGUGGAGGUCAACAAGGUCGGAGGCCACGCCCUCCUCCAGCCCACCCUCCAGGAGCUGCUGCAGGCCUGUCUGGGUCAGGCCCUGCAGCAGUACAACAAGCUGACGGAGCGCCACGGGGCUGCGCUCCCCAUGACCCAGAACCGAGCCCUGCAGAUGCUGUUUGACCUGCGCUUCCUGCACAGCACCCUGAGCAGCAGGCUGGAGGAGGGCAGGAGCUCUCGGCCCCCACAGGACCCCAGAUUCAUCCACAUCUGCGAUUGGUUGGAAAGUUUCAUCGACCCGUUUGACCUGGACGUCUUCACGCCUUCUCUGAACGCCAACCUGACACGCCUCAGUCAGAGGACCUCGGUGCUGCUGGGGCUGCUGAUGGGCUCAGAGAAGCAGUUUGCUUCAAGGAGUAGCCCUGUGAACUCCAUGGAGCCACACAACAUCCUCCCGCUGGCCAGCAGUCAGCUGAGGUUCGGGUUGUUACCUCUCAGCAUGUCGAACGAGCGCAAACCCAAACUGGUGUCCAGUACUCCACAGAAGACGGCUCGUCAGUCCUCCUUGGCCUCCAGAGACGAUGGUUUCCGGCCCGGCAACCUCUUCAGGCAGCUGGCCGAGAAGGACGAGGACUCGGCCUCGGCCUCUCUGUUCAGACUCAGCUGGCUCUCUGGAAUGGCCAAAUGACCCUUCACCCCGCUGGGUUCCUGUCCAAGACUCUUUGUAAAAAUGUUGUACAGUAAAUUCUUCUACUUGAGAAA